AUGAAGUUGGCUGAAACUGAUGAGAGCCUGGAUGCCUUUCAUGAGUAUUUGAACUUUGAGAAGGAAAAGGAUGAUCCGGCAAGAAUACAAUCAUUCUAUGACCGCAUGUUAGACAAACACCUCGAUGAUGAAAACAUAUGGUUCGAUUAUGGGCAGUGGUGUGAAACAAAGUUGAAAAUCCACUCAAUCACUUGUCGUGUCUACAAGCGAGCAGUACGUCAUUGUCCGUACAGCUGCGCGCUUUGGCAGCAAACUCUUCUUGCCCUCGAGCGCUCCGGCUCACCUGUAGAAGAAAUCGAUGGUAUGUGGAUUAGUGCUCAGGAGACAAUCAGCACGCUAGAGGAUGGAAGAGCUCUAUACAGAACAUACCUCUACAUGUUGCGUCGCCGUGCCGAUGCCACUGAUAAAGAUUUUCAGAAAAUGACGCUCGUCUUUGAAGAUGGUGCUAAGGCGCUGUUUCCUAGUGAAGGAGUUCUAGGAUUUGUAAGAUGA